AUGAUGAUCAAGGGGUAUGUGCAAAUACGCAGGCUGGAUGAUGCCCUCAAUCUGUUCUACGAAAUGCCUGAGAAAGAUACGUUUGGUGAAGUUGAGAUGGCAGAGCGGUUGUUUCGUGAGAUGCCUGUGAGGGAUGUGAUUCAUGGUCAGAUUGUCAAGUUAGGGUACUGCUUCGACGAGUUUGUAGCUGCUUCACUUAUAACACUCUAUGCAAACUGCAAGCAAACGGAGAAUUUGUACAGGGUUUUCAGGGACAUGAUGAACUCGGGUGUCCUUCCCAAUCAGUCUUCUUUCACUAGUGCUUUAAAUUCGUGCUGCGGAUUAGAAGAUCUUGAUCAGGGCAAGGAGACUCAAACGGCAGCUGUUAACGUAGGCUUUGAAACGGAUGUUUUUGUGGCCAAUGCACUUAUCGUCUUCUAUACCAAAUGCGGAAGCAUGAAUGGUGGAGUUUCUGUAUUUAAGAGAAUUGGCGACAAGAAUAUUGUGUCAGGGAACUCAACCAAAGUUGGAUGUGCACAACACGGUUGUGGAAUCCAUUCUGGGAUGUUGCAGAAAGCAAGACACUUUUUAAAAUUUUUCUCUGUUGAGGUGAAACUUGAGCACUAUGCGUGUAUGGUGGAUGUCUUAGGUCGAUGUGGUGAGUUGGAAGAAGCAGAGGAGCUGAUUAAGAACAUGCCUGUGCAAGCAAACAAGAAGGUAUGGCUAACUUUACUUAGCGCUUGCACGAUGCAUUGCAAUUUUGAUGUGGCUGAAAGAGCUGCAAGACGCAUUGAAGAUUUUGACCCGCAUUGCAGUGCUGUUUAUGUUUUACUGUCUAAUUUAUAUGCUUCUGCAAAUAGAUGGAGUGAUGUCUCGAGAAUUCGAGAGAAGAUGAGACAUUCUAGAACUGGAAAACAACCUGGUCGCAGUUGGGUUACUCAGUGA